UGAAUGCAUGCAUUUGCGCAGGUACCAGUAUUAAUGAACUCGAAUAUGAUACGGUGUACAUUUACUUUAUUUGCAAAAUGGAACGAAGUGGUGUAUUUGUCUUCGGUUUCAAUGGUUUUGGUCAACUUUUGCGAGGCAAUGGCAAGAGGAUCUUGAUGGUGCCAGUGGAAUUGGAAUGUGAUAUUUCUCGCUUGAAACGGAAGUUGACCGACUGCAACGUUCAAGAAGAGGAGCGGGCGAGUAACCGUCGCACACGGGAGAAGUCCCCGUCAGCGAUGCGUGGAGAAGCUGAUGACUCUUGUAAGGGAGCUAGAGCAAGUCGAAUUAACACGAGGUCUUUCAACAACUUUGAUAAAGAUAGCGUAGUAAUGCAUUGGAAUGCAACACUGUUUUCUUCUUCAGGUUUCUUGAUUGGUUGCCUAAAUGGAGAGAUGGGAAAGUUCAUUGAUCUUUCAGAGGAUCUUCAUGGCAUUGCCUCAUCCUCACCCAGAAAAUUCUGUCUCCAUGGAGACAACAUCUACGUCAUAGAUGACUCUGGAGAUUGCUAUGUGAGAGAAAUUUCAGCCAAUCCUGCAGCAGGGACGACCAAGGUGAAAUUGAUGUGUUCUGGGUCUACUGUGAUUCCACAAGGCAGAGGGCAACAAGUGAGAGUAGAACAGGAGAAUAAGAGUGAUGAUGCAAACAAUCGGGUCCCAGACUUUCAAAGAGAGGAGUCUAUCCCAACUUGUGCGGAUGGAUGUUCCCGAGACGUGGAUGAAACUCUUUCAAGUUCCAAGGCCAAAGAACAGUGUGGCUUUAGGAAUCUUUCAACAGGGGACUCGCAUGUCCUUGCAACAUUUGGUCCAGAACACCAACCUGGAAGAGUUAUAAAACAUGAUAGAGCAUAUAUCUUCCAUCCCUUCACACAGCCUUUUGAUGUCCAGGAGAUCGCAUGUGGAAAGGAGCAUGCUUUACUCCUUACUUCUCAAGGUCUGACAUAUUCCUACGGAACAGGAAGCCGAGGUCAGCUUGGACAUGGGGACAUAGGAAAGGAAGAUGUUCCUAAAUUAAUUGAAGCCAUUGCUUGUGUUCCCAUGGUUACUGUUAGAGCAGGAGGAUGGCAUUCAACUUCCAUCAGUGCAAUUGGAGAUCUGUAUAUCUGGGGGUGGAACGAGUCUGGACAGCUUGGCUUGACACAAGAGGGCAGCAGUCAUGAUGUGAUGCCAGAUAAGGUUUCCUUUCAGAUGGUUCCUGCCAUACUCGACCUCCCAGGAGGGGUCAAUGUACUAAAGGUCAGCUGUGGGUCAAGACACACUGCAGCAGUUACCUUUGAUAAAAGACUCUACACUUGGGGAUGGGGAAAGUAUGGACAACUUGGUCAUGGCGAUGUGAGGUCACUAGACACUCCUAAGAUGGUUGAUUUCUUUCUUCAGAAUAGACUAGAUGUUUUAGAUCUGACCUGUGGUGAUUGGAGUACUGCUGUAUGUACAAGAUCAUCCCCAGCGCAGAUGCCUAGAUGACACAUAGAUCCUUGAGGAAUUACAGUAGGGACUAGCUCCUCCAAUUCGCCAAGAUCUGCUAAAAACAGACUUAAUUAAGUGAUGUUUGGAGGACACUUAUUCUCUUGAUGGUCAUCAGCCAGCAAAUGGGGUCCUCUGUCUAAACAGGGCUUCUUAGGCUCAGUCCAACUACCUGAUAAGAUUCUGCAUGACCACCAUAUACAAAAGCAUCCAAUCUUGAAGGCAUUUCAUCAACAUUUGACAAUUUCACUUGGUUUUGAUUGGCUCCGAAAUAUAGGUGUCUGUUACACUGUUAGAUAAUGGCAACUUAUCAUAGAUAACAACUUUCAUGAAACAUCCCCCUAAAGUGUACCAGAGUGCAGUCAUCUGCGAAUCAAUAAUUGGUAGUAGGAUAACAUGGGGAAAUGGGUUACAUCGCAACAUGUCCUAGAAUAUUGUAAGGCAGUCUUUACUGAAAAUCUUGUCCACACCACCAAGAAGCCAACUAUGAUUCAAAAGAAGAUUGUGUUAUUUGAAGACCCAAACGAGUGACACCCCGUCAUUUUAUGGAAUGUGUAUCCUCUUGUUAUGUUUUCAGUUCAGGAAUUAUUAGAA